GUCUUGAGUGACUCAACUGCUGCUGGCCAGCCUGAGGUCCACCAGGACGCUGUGGUGCAGGUCUCUGACGGAUCCUGCUACAUCCGUGUGGUCAUUACAGCCGAAGCUCUGCAGGCAGAGGAAAAGUGGGUUCCAGCAUGGCUUGGCGUGGUGGGGACAGCAGUUCUCCACAGCUGCUGUGAGGAGCUGGGGCUCCUGCCUGGCCUUGUUUCAGGCUGUGUUAAGCUAAAGCAACCUCAGGGUGGGAAUUUGGUGCGAAAGAGCUGCUAAGAGAAGAAAGCUGGAAUGCCCUUGCUCCAGUGUCUGCUGGGUGGGAUGGGCAGGGAUCCAUGGCAAAAGCUGUGAUGCCAUUAGAAAGGACUGUAGAGCUCUUGGGUUUUGUGGAAGGAGGCAGAUCAUUAACCAUGGUAGCCUGGGCUGCUCCUUCAGUGCUCCUUCAGGGUCCAUUUCCCCAUUUGGACACUCUUAAACUGCUGGGGUGCUGGUAGCAGAGAGCCAAGGAUGAGCAGCAGGAAGAAGCUGCUCUUGAGCAGGAAUUACUGAGGGAUGAGGAGCCCUUGGUGCCUGGUGCUCAUGCUGAGACAUGUUACAGAAUGGCCCGGUGUGGUUGGCAGAACUCUUGUGGGAGCCCCACUGUGUGUCAGGGGGGGUCCAGCUCUGUUCUUCAAGGCACUCCUGCUCUGCUCCUUUUCCAGCGCCCACCUGCAGCUCAGGCUGUCCAGCCUUAAUUGCAGAAUUAUCGUCCUGCAGAAGUACACGGUGUGUUUUCAGGAUGAGGCCAGACUGGAAUCAAGACCCCUCUGUGGUGAAGAAGAUAAAGGAGCUCUGGCUGAGGAAACACCUGUGGGGAGCUUGUUCCUGCCAGUGGUGGGCAGCACAGCUGCGUGGGUGAGCCCUGCACAGCUCAUUCUUCAUCCUUGGAGAUCCAAUACUGGAGAUCCUCAGGGCCUUCAAUCAGUCCUUCUCCAGGGGAGGAAUCUUGCUGUGAGGAACGCUGCCAGCUCAGAGCCCUCUGUCUCUCAGCUGAUUGAUGCCAUAGGACAGAACCAGCUGGAGAUUUUGAAGGAAAAUGCUGAGGAAUGCUUGGAUUUAUGGAAAUCAAAGGAGAAGCCAGUGACAGUGGAGGACGAGGUUCCCAUCACCCAGUGGGAGGCAGAGCGCAAGAAGGAGCAGGGUGAGGACGUUUUCAUGGUCCCAGUCAGUGCCCUGGUGAUCCCUCCUGAGCAGGAGGCAGUUGUUUGUGAUUCUUCUGAGGCAGCAUCUGCAGGGUACACAGAGACAAGUCAAGCAGCUCCUGGAAAGAGUAGUGAUGACAAGACAGUGCCAGGAGACCAGAGCGUUGUGUCUCAAAUCAGCUUCUGUCUCCAUAGCAGAGGUGCUCCAGCCCUUGGAUCAUCCUCAUGGCCUCCUAUGAACGCUCCAGAUCCCAUCCAGCCUUUAGUUUCCUCUACAGUUGGCUCAGCCCAUCUCCUUGGAUUGAGUGGAGGAGGUGCCGCAUCACCGACCUUGUCAGACAGCCUGGAGGGAUCCCUGGACAACCCCUGGAACAGGCUGCCCUCGUUGUCUUUGACCCCGAGCUCUUCAGAUGAGAAGACCUUUCAAGCUGACCCUCCCCUGAAGACCCAGAAAGAUGUGGCUGCUGACAGCAACACCACUGACCUGUUGGAAGUGUGUAGCCAGAGCUCUCCUGAGAGCUUGCCCCAGGGAGAGCCAGCACAGAUCUCCUCUCCCUCCCUGCUGCGCUGCUACAGCAAUCCCAGUCCGGCGGAGAGCAGCACCAGUGAGGCGGCAUCAGCGGCGGGGGCAGCCCGGGGUGCCCUGUGUGCUGAUCAAGGCCCACAGGGAUCCAGGGGCACUCUGGCCACCCUGCCCACUCUUUCUCCAGUUUUUCCAGUCUUGCCCAGCAGCAGCUUGCAAUUGCCACCUGGCAGGAUUCCUCACAGGGAGCAGGCCUGCUCCAGUGGCACAGCUUCCUCUACAGAUGUGUUGAAGCCUGGACUGGCUCAUACCAGGACAAAGGGAGGAGAGACUGUGGGUGCCAAGAGGAAGCUGGUGGAGGAAGAUGAGCAGGCCCCCAGUGGGCAGCAGCAUCUUCCAGGCACUUCGAAGGGCAGGGGGAGAGGCAGAAGCAAGAGACUGGUGCUCACAAGCUCAUGGGGUGCAAAGAAGAGCAGAAAGGAAACAAGGCUGCAGCGUAGAAAGGAGCUUGAGGAGAAGGAGGAGGAGGAAAUGGAGAAGGAGGAGGAGGAGGAAGAGCAAGCAUCCCCUGCAAGAGCUGGACCCAGCUCCAGGCUGGAGCAGUGCACAGCUCCAGAGCCGUUCGUGGAAAGACCACCCCAGUACCAGUAUGAGGCACCGAGUCCUGAGCUCUGCCAGCAGGUACAAUCUAUCAGGAUCUCAAAGGCAAUGCUGAAGUGGGCAUGCUGGAUACUGACUGAGGAGGAUGAAGACUCCUGAGCCCAGCCCAUCUUUCAUUUCUUUGUUUCUUCAAUGGGUCUGUAAGAACACUGGGAGAGUGUCUGGGGGGAGGGAUGUGGGGAUACCAGAAGCUCUGUGGCCCAGGGGACUGCUGAGUGGGCUGGCCUGGCUGCAGAGACCCUGGUUCCAGGGGUGCUGGCAUAUGACCUGGUGAAAGCCGAUACCCUCAGUGCCAAGAGGGGAGAAAAGCAUUCAUUCAGGCAUGCCUGUGUGUGAGCCAGCAUCCCUCUCCCACCUCUUCAUCCUUUUCAAAUGCCUUGUCCCAGCAAGUGGAGACAAGAGGUGACCCAGUGCCACCAUAGCAGCAAUGGCAGAGGCCCCACAAGUUGAUCCUGCUCCAAAGGUUCUCCAGGAGCUUGGAUGGUUUAUUGAAUAAGUUUAGGUAGGGUCCUGCACUGUUUAUUACAAAAAAUAUCCGGCAGGGUUAUGCUGUAGAAAUUAAAAA